GCGCUAUAAAUUGCGUAGCCGGUGGACAAGGAGUCCACAGAAUUGAAAACCCACCACUCCCUUCCUCUUCUCCCCCAUCUCGGAGCAGAGCACGGGACUGUUCGCCUGAUACUUUCUGUCCUCUCCUCCGGCCGAUCGAUCUUUGCAUGGCAGCAGCAGCCAACUCCAAGGGGCGGGUGAUCGCUGGAAGUUUCGUUGCCCGCGUCCUCGCCGGCAAGGCCGCCUCCCCGACCCCGAGGAGGGCCGUGCACGCCUCGGCCUACGACAAGAACCUGGAGGAGCAGGUGCGCCCGGCCGUCGUGCCGGACGAUGUGAUCGGCGGCGCCGGGAACCCCGACAAGUACUGGGGGCCCCACCCGAAGACCGGCGUGUUCGGCCCGGCGGUGGUGGACGCCAAGCUGGCCGCCGGCGCGCCUGACGCCGGCGCGAAUGUUGGAGGCUCGGUGCUGGACCAGAAGGUGUGGUACCGCCCGCUGGAGGACGUCGAGAAGCCCCCUGCUGCCUGAGCCACGUCAGGCUGGCAGCCAGCACUGCUAGCUAAGACGAGAACCUAGCACUGCAACACCUAUCACUCUGUUAGGCUGGGCUCCUUGCUUACUACCAGUAGUGUGGCUGUGAUAAUACUAGUAGGAUGAAAUCAGACAUGGCGUGCAUCAGAACUGGUAGUAAUGGUAGUAACGUGAUGCUCGUGCCUGAAAUAAGAACAAGCGGAAGAUGUUUGCUGGUGUUGUUUGUGGUUGUGAUGUACCUGUGUUCUAAUCAGUGCUAUAAGUAUCUGGUCACUAUUGCAUCUUUUCCGGGCUUGACGGUGUUCAUGGUUGCUAUCAAUAAAUAUUCUUGAUGUGUAUGUUUA